GGCACUGCUGCUGCACAUGCUGCAGAAAACUAAAAUUAGAUUCAAUAAAAAUAUAAACUAAAGAAACAACACCACUAACUCUUGUGUUUCAUAGAGAUUGUAGGACAGGAGUUGUCAGUAGACCUAUAUCAGAUCAGUGUUGGGUUUGGACUCACCUCUGUAUGAAGUGGUACAGUCCCGUUAGUCGCAGUCCGUGAGUCCUGUUUACUGCAGCAGUUAGCGGACGACCAGAAUGACCAACAUGCGGAUAAACGGCACUUUACUAUAAAACGGACUGUAUAAUGAACUUUUACCGGCUGGCUAUUUUACUGGGAGUAUCAGUGUGUGUGUGCGAUGGUGUGCAUGUCACAGUGCGGGAGGAGCGGCGUUUUGCGAUGCUCUUCCAGUCCGUGGUUCUCCCGUGUCAGUACCAAACAGCCUCCACUCAGACCCCGGUGGUCCAGUGGUGGUACAAGUCCUACUGUCGAGACCGCACACGAGAGUCCUUCACCCUGUCCGAGAGUCUGGGCGUCAAGUCCUCCGAGCUGGGCGCCACGUCCCACCUGGAGUGCUCCGACAGCGGCCGCACAGUUCGAGUUGUGGCCUCGGCGCAGGGAGCCUCCAUGACGCUGGCUGAGCACUACAAAGGAAGAGACAUCGCCAUCGUUAAUAAAGCAGAUCUACGUAUUGGGGAGCUGCAGUGGGGCGACAGUGGAGUGUACUUCUGUAAAGUCGUCAUUGCCAAUGAUCUGGAGGGGAAGAAUGAAGCCCAGCUGGAGUUACUUGUGCUCGGCAGGACAGGUCAGCAGGACGAUCUCCUACCUGAGUUUGAUGUGGAGUUUAUGCCAGAGUGGGCGUUUGUGGGAUCCGUAGUCCUGGGCAGUGUCUUGUUCCUGUUAUUGAUGGGGAUCUGCUGGUGCCAGUGUUGUCCUCACUCCUGCUGCUGCUAUGUCCGCUGCUGCUGCUGUCCUGACACCUGCUGCUGUCCACGACACCUAUACGAGGCAGGGAAGAUGGCAAAGAGUGGACCGCCUGCUCAGGUUGUGUAUCCCUACUACAUUCCUGGUGUUCCUGCUGGUAUUCCUCUUGUCCCUUCAUCCCAUGUGGAGCCAAAUAUCGCCUCUAUCCCCUCAGUGGAGAAUAACCUGGCUGGAGCACGCAGUGGUUAUCGACUGAAAGCCAGUACAGACCAGGACUCAAUGAAAGUUCUGUACUUCAUAGAGAAGGAGCUGGGUCAGUUUCCCUCUUCCAAGAUGGCUGCACUUAAACCCAGUAGCCUCUCAGAGCUGAGCUCUCUUCAUGAUGGAGGGAAUACAGACUUCAGACACACCUAUCAGACGGUGCAGAUGAAGGCGCUCCCGCCCAUCGCAGACCUAGAUGACCAGUCAGUGCUGAGAGCAGCUCCACAUACACAGAGUCGAAGGUCCAGACGGGACAGAGGCAACCACUCAGACGACGAGCUCGACAGAAGGUGGAACCCGCGCUCAGAGCACCUGCAGAGAAAGACGUUGAGCAGAAGAGGGCGGACCGGCUCCCUGGACGAGCUGGAGGAUUUCGCCCGGUCUUACGGCUCCCGGGGUCGUCGCGCUGAGCCUCCAGACCGGGCCUACGAGCGGGAUUACAGCCCUCCCAGGCGUUUCUACAGAGAUGAAGAUGAUGGCUGGGGCCGUCGCAGCCCCUCACCUUUACCACAGAAGAGAAGGGACACAUGGGACAGUGAUCGUCCCUGUCGACCGCCCCAAAGCAAGGGAUACGACGACGCCUUCCUCAGGAGUGUGCUGGACAGCAAGGCCAGGGGGCGGGGAGGGGACAGUGGUACCUGUAGACCAGACGAGGACAGUGACACUCCCUCUAAAGGCAGCUCCAGAGGAAAGGGCAGCGAUAGUUACUACAGCCGGUCGCCUAGCAACCGUCCAGAAGAGGAGGACCCUUUGCCUCCGUACUCUGAGGCGGAGCGGUACCGCAGGGCUGACCCAACCACAGACCGGUACCGCACUGUAGAGCCUCCCAGAUCAGAGCGUUACAGGACCACUGAACCAGCCAUGAGGCCUUUCUGUUACACCCGCCCCCACCAGGGAACUUCCCAUACACUACACGGGGGCCGAGAGGAGAGAGACAGGAGCCGAAACCUGAGCACUGCACUGAGCAGAGGCUCUCUCAUAGUGUGACAAGGUUUCCCAGCCUCGACCUGCACAGCACUGCCACUCCGUUCGUUUAAACCGUCUUGCUACGCAGGAGAAGCUAACUGUUAUGCCAUCAGUCACAUGAAGUCUGGCUCGUCUCACUGAAAAUAACUGCACCGAAAAAACAGCGUGGAUGGAAAAUGCUGAGAAAUGAAUAUGCACAAAGCAGCAUGUGCAGUCAUGUCUAGGAUGUCUUUUAAUCAUGUGCAUGAAUUAUUUCUACAUGUGUAGUCUGCAGAUGUUAUGUAUGUGGUGUGUACAUCAGUUUUAUUUGUUGAGUUGAGUGACUGGAUUUACUGAAACCAGUACCAAGAUGUUUUUUUUAUUAUCUGCCAUUUUUUCUAUCUGUAUAAUGCCACAGUCUAGUAUUUUCCUACAUACUUCAUACUUCUCACUCAGUACACGGCAACUCAGGUUUACUUUGUAUUUGCGUUUGUCUGUUGUUGAUAUUGUACUGUAUGUACUGUAAGUACUGUACCUUGAAUUUGUUCUGCAGAUUAUUAAUUGCACUGGUUAAAUACUUUUUCAAUAAAGAAAACUCAAAGCAG